AUUGUGUCUUCAAAGUUCAAACCAUUUCCAACUUCAUUUCCAAAAGGACCUUGAAAGCAGAGUGAGUGGAGUGGGUCAUUCGGGGAAGCUUCCCCCAACGAUUUAGGGCCUGUGGAGACGCGGGAAUAUGGCGGACAGUUUGUUGGGUCCCUCUUUCCUUUCGUGUAAAACACUCUGCCCUCUUUCCCAUUUCCCCUACUACAGACCUCACAUGGCUGCGCUUCGCUCCUCACCCACCCACCAACAUUGUUGCCGUUGCGCCUCAAACUUAAACCCUAACCAGCCCUCAUUACUCGUCUUCUCAGGUGGGACUGCGUUUAAUGGUGUGGUGGAAGAGCUAAAGAGUUUCACGACUCGGGUUGCGCAUGUUCUCCCUGUUUCCGAUGACGGAGGAAGUACUGCAGAGAUUGUUCGUGUCCUCGGUGGUCCGGCUGUUGGAGACAUACGGUCGAGGUGUUUGAGGUUGUCUGAUCAAAGUACUGCUGAGUCGCUUGCUGUCCGAAGAUUGCUGGGUCAUCGUUUACCGCUUGAUGCACAACAAGCCAAAUCAGAAUGGUAUAAUAUCGUCGAAGGAGAACAUUUUCUAUGGAAUGGUGUGUCGAAACCCUACAGGGAGACAAUUCGAGCUUUCUUGGCUUACUUUCAGAAUCAGAUUCUCCGGCGGUCUGAUGAAUCAUUUUGUUUCAGGAAUGGCAGCAUUGGGAAUUUCUUCUUUGCAGGAGCACGCAUAUUUUUUCAGUCUUUAGAUGCUGCAAUAUUUUUGUUUUCACGUGUUUCAGAUAUUCCUUCAGAAAGUAUGGUCCUCCCAGUGAUAUCAACAAAUGACAGGCUUACAUUAGGAUGUGAAUUAUGGGAUGGGACUAUAAUUCGAGGUCAGAAUGAAAUUUCUCAUCCAAGUCAUGGAUACAUGGAACCUAUAAAUAAGGGAAGAUCUUCAGUUCCAGCGCUUCCUUCAAGAAUAAAGAGGGUGUUCUACAUGUCAAGUGAGGGCAGUAAUUUGCUGCAUGAGGUCUUCCCUGCAGCAAACCCAGCUGUCCUGGACCAGUUGAGUAGCGUGGACUGUAUUGUUUAUGCUAUGGGAUCUCUCUUCACUUCCAAUUGUCCAUCAUUGGUAUUACUAGGCAUUGGAGAGAUUAUUUCUUCAAGGUCCUGCCGCAAGGUUCUUUUGUUAAAUGGUACACAUGAUCGAGAAACUAGUGAUUUCUCAGCAUCUUGCUUCGUAACUGCAAUUACAGAUGCUCUGAACCGAACAUAUGGAGAUGCUCAGAAUUGUCUAAAAAACCUUGUACUUUAUGUUUCUGUGCAGCCAAGCCAGUACAUUAAUACACUUUUGGUCCCCAAAGAUGGUGAAAUUCCUGUUGAUGUUCAAUGCUUGGCUGCUCAAGGAAUCAUUGAUGUGAUAUUUGUUGAUUCUAUACAUGAUCCAAAAGUGGGUGUAAUAUUUGACCCCAAGUCCCUAAUACAAGCUCUAGCCGAUGCGGUUGGCAAACAUUUGAGUGCAAAUGUUACUGAGCUUGACCAUUCAAAUGAUGGUCAGGGGCAAGCGUUAUUGCUUUGAUGUGGAUAUUGAAGCCUUUCUGCUUGUAGGUCCAUUGUUCCUGAGGUGAAUAUUAUGUAACAAUACUGGUAGCUCAAUUUGAUUUACAUUUUUGCAACUUUAUGCUCAUCACAGUAUCAGAGACAGGCUAUACCUUACAGGCCAAUCUUCAAAUGCUGUAGAAUGCUUGGUAUAUAAGUUUGUUGCUGUAGUUA